AUGAGUUCUUCAGAAUCUGAGUACAUGUCAGAUGGCUCAUACUCAGAAGAACCGGUUGCAAAGAAAGGAAAGAAAUCGGUAAGUAGUUCCAGAUCAUCCGUUAGCGUUACACCCCCAUUGACUGCAUCCUCUAAUGCGUCGAGUGUUGGCGGAAAGAAGCUGAAUGCUUCAGAUCAAUACCAAAAGCUUUCUCAACUUGAGCAUAUACUUAAGAGACCUGAUACCUAUAUCGGAUCAGUGGAGAAGUCCUCCUCAGAAAUGUGGUGCUUUGAUCAACCCACUGAGUCCAUGGUAUACAAGGAAGUAACAAUUGUCCCAGGUUUGUACAAGAUCUUUGAUGAAAUCUUGGUGAAUGCUGCUGACAACAAGAUCAGAGAUCCAAGUAUGAAAAAUAUCAAAGUAUCCAUCGAUGCGGCGAACAAUACCAUAGAAGUGAUGAAUGAUGGUAGAGGGAUUCCCAUUGAAAUACACGAUAAGGAAAAGAUAUACAUCCCGGAGUUGAUUUUUGGAAAUUUAUUGACCAGUUCGAAUUAUGAUGACGAUGAAAAGAAAGUUACUGGUGGUAGAAAUGGGUUUGGGGCCAAAUUAUGUAAUAUCUUCUCUACUGAAUUCACCGUAGAAACUGCUGAUUUGAACCAUGAAUCAAAUUAUAAGCAAAUAUGGAAAAAUAACAUGUCGACAGUGGGGAAGCCCAAAAUCACUAAAAUGAAAAAUAAAAGAGAAUUCACUAAGGUAACUUUCAAGCCAGAUUUAUCAAAGUUUGGUAUGGAGCAAUUAGACGAGGAGACUUUGAGUGUUUUGAGAAGAAGAGUCUACGAUUUGUGUGGUACGGUGAAAGAUUGUAAUGUGUAUUUAAAUGAAAAGAGAAUUGGAAUCAAGAGUUUCAGAGGCUAUGUUGAAAUGUACGUGAAGGCUAUUGAAAGAAGAUCUGAGGGUACACCUGAACCUCCUUCCAUUUCUGCCUCUGAAGUACCUAGUGACGAUUCUAGAGCCGUCACUCCCUCCGAUGCAUUAUCUGCCUUAUCAUCAGCGAAGUCCACUGUGAAGCCCCAUACAAUUGUGCAUGAGGUUAUCAACGAUCGCUGGGAACUAGCAUUUGCAGUUUCAGACGGUUCAUUCAAUCAAAUUUCUUUUGUGAAUUCAAUAGCGACAACUUCUGGUGGUACCCAUGUUAAAUAUAUAUCGGACCAAGUUAUCAAUAAAUUAGUUGAGUCCUUGAAUAAGAGAGCCAAAGGUAAAAAGAAGCUCAUGAUCAAGCCAAAUGAAGUACGUAACAAUAUGUUCAUAUUCAUCAAUUGUCUUAUUGAAAAUCCUGCCUUCACAUCACAAACAAAGGAACAACUUACGACAAAACCAUCCCAAUUUGGCUCAAAGGUUGUAAUUUCUGAUCAGUUUAUUACCAAAAUCCUUAAAACUUCAAUUGGAGAUAAAAUUAUGGAAAUAGCCGGGAUGAAUGAAGAUAAAGCGCUCCAAAAAGUCGACGGUUCAAAGAAACAAAGAAUUAAAGGUCAAGUUAAAUUGGUUGAUGCUAACAAAGCAGGAACCAGAGAUGGAUACAAAUGUACAUUGAUUCUUACAGAAGGAGAUUCUGCGUUGGCCUUGGCAGUUGCUGGGUUGGCAGUAGUUGGACGAGACUACUAUGGCUGUUUCCCACUUAGAGGUAAAUUAUUAAAUGUCAGAGAAGCUCUGACGGAUCAAGUUAGUAAAAAUGCAGAAAUUAACGCCUUAAAACAGAUCAUUGGAUUGCAGCAUAAGAAGCAUUAUAAUAGCGAUAACGUUAAGAAUUUGAGAUAUGGCCAUGUAAUGAUUAUGACUGAUCAAGAUCAAGAUGGUUCCCAUAUCAAAGGGUUGAUCAUUAACUUUUUAGAAAGUUCAUUUCCUGGUUUAAUCGAAAUCCCAGGAUUUUUAUUGGAAUUUAUUACGCCAAUUGUUAAAGUGACAAUUAAAGCAGCUGGCAGAGGUGGUGACACCGUGAGGCCAUUCUAUUCGAUGCCCGAAUUUGAAAAAUGGAGAACCGAGGAGGGAACAAGCGUUAGAUGGUCCUUGAAGUACUAUAAGGGUUUAGGUACGUCUACCGAUAAAGAAUUUAGGGAAUAUUUCAGAGGACUUGAUAAGCACUUGAAAACCUUCCAUGCACUUCAAGAAGAAGAUAAAGGACUCAUCGAUUUAGCUUUCUCCAAGAAGAAAGCAGACGAUAGAAAAGAAUGGUUACAGAAUUUUGUACCUGGUACCCAUUUAGAUCCUGAUUUAGUCACAAUUCCUAUCAGUGAAUUCAUUAAUAAAGAAUUAAUUUUAUUUUCUAUGGCCGAUAAUGUCAGAUCAAUUCCUAGCGUAUUAGAUGGAUUCAAGCCUGGGCAAAGGAAAGUGUUAUUUGGUUUGUUUAAGAAAAAUCUGAAAACUGAUAUCAAGGUUAUGAAUUUAGCCGGGUAUAUCUCUGAUAAUACUGGGUACCAUCACGGUGAAGCAUCUUUAAUGCUGACAAUCAUUGGUUUGGCCCAGAAUUUUAUCGGUUCCAAUAAUAUAAAUUUAUUGAAACCAAAUGGGUCCUUUGGUACAAGAGCGCAAGGUGGGAAAGAUCAUGCAGCUCCGAGAUAUAUUUUCACUGAUAUCAUGGAUAUAACUAGAAAGAUCUUCAAUCCAUUGGAUAAUGCUUUGUACAAAUAUGUUCAGGAUGAUGAAAAGACGGUUGAACCAGAAUGGUAUUUGCCUAUUCUUCCUAUGCUUUUGGUCAAUGGGGGUGAAGGUAUUGGAACGGGUUGGUCUACGAAUAUACCUAGUUACAACCCUAAAGAUAUAGUUGAGAAUUUGCAAAAUCUUAUGGAAGGGAAAGAAAUGAACGAAAUGAAACCCUGGUAUAGAGGAUGGGAGGGUGACAUUGAAUCCAAUGGACCAGAUAAAUUCAAAGUCAGUGGUAGAAUCGAACAGAUUGAUGAAACCCUGUUGGAAAUUACUGAAUUGCCAAUCAAGAUGUGGACAAAUACAAUGAAGGAAUUUUUGCUUAGUGCACUAGGAACUGAUAAGAUCGCCCCUUGGAUUAAAGAUAUGGAAGAACAACACGGAACUAAUAUUAGAUUUGUGAUCAAGCUUAGCAGUGACGAAAUGGCCAAAUCUUUGAAAAUGGGCCUUAUGGAGAGGUUUAAGUUAGUGUCGUCCAUUAAUUUGACUAACAUGGUAGCGUUUGACUCGCUUGGCCGUAUCAAAAGGUAUGAAUCUCCUUUGGAGAUGUUGAAAGAAUAUUACUACGUUAGACUCGAAUAUUAUCAAAGAAGAAAGGAUCACAUCAGUGAGGAAUUAACUAAUCAGUUAACCAAAUUAUCAGAACAGGCAAGAUUUAUCAAGUUGAUAAUUGAGAAAGAAUUAAGUGUAUCCAACAAAAAGAGAGCUUUAUUGGUAGAAAUAUUACAAAAAUUCAAAUUCAUUCCAUUUGACAAGAAUGGUAAUCCAAUCAAAGAUAUCAAGAAAGAAAAUGUUGUUAUUGAUAAGAACAGAGCUGAAGAGAUGUUAGAAGAAGAGGAAGAAAACUAUGAAGGUGAUUUGAGCCAGAUCAACAUUUCUCAAGCUGUUGGAACUGGAGACGAUGGAGAACAAGAUCAUAAACCGACUACUAUUUUCUCCACUUAUGAUUAUCUUCUUGGUAUGCCUAUUUGGUCCUUAACGAAAGAAAGAUAUGAAAAGAUCAUGCAAUUGAGGGAUAAAAAGCAAGAGGAACUUACCAAUUUACUUAGAUUAACAGCCAAAGAUCUUUGGAAUAAUGACUUAGAUGACUUCUUAGUUAGCUGGGAGAAAUUCUUAGACGAUGAUAUGGCGGAUAGAAUGGCAGAAGUUCCACAAAAAGGUUCAAAGAAGAAAGCGAAGAGAAGCAGAGCACUGACAGUCACAAAGAAAUCAACAGUGAAAGAAGAAGAAGACGACGACGACGUGUUUCCACCAAGAAAGAAACCGGCAACUAAGAAGAAAUCAACUCCAACUCCAUCAGUCGUUGAAAUAAAGAAAGAGGUUACUCCCUCUAUACCAAAGCCAGAGCCUCCUAAAAAGGUUGUCCCAAAGAUAAAAUCUUUGUUUGAUGACAGUGAAGAUGAAGAGCUUUUAGGAGAUAGUUUCAGCCACUCUUCACCACCCUCAGUUCCAAAGACAUACAAGUCAAGCAGUUCUAUUCCAACGUCAGUGUUGUCUUCUACUAAGAAAAGUGAAGAGUCAUCAAAGCCAAUCUCGAAAAAGAAAAAACUCACUUUAGAGGACGAGCUUGCAGAUUUAACAGAUACGGCGUUUAAAGAUACACCUAGUCCAAGACGUAGAAAGCCAACUACAAAAAAGACUCCCGUUUACGAUGUGAAUAGCGAUGUGGAAAUGGAAGAUAGUGAGAGCGAUGAAGAAGUAGAAGUUGAUGAUGAUGAAAGUGACUACGAAGAGUAA